AUGGAUUCAUUGGUUUCAUCAAAUGUUCCAGUUGUUCUCAUAACAGGUUUUGGUCCAUUUCGUUCGGUACUUAAUAAUCCCAGUUGGGAAGUAGCUAAAGCAUUAAAAGCAUAUCUUGAAUGGCAGCGUCCAAUACAUAUUAUUCUUGAAGAAAUGCAUGUUACAUAUGAUAAUGUUUCAACUAGAAUACCUGAUUAUUGGUUAAAAUAUAAUCCAACAUUAGUUAUUCAUAUUGGUGUAGCAGUUGGAACGAAAGAAAUUCAAAUAGAACGAUGUGCUUGUAAUAUUGAUUAUUGUUAUCAAGAUAAUGAGGGUUGUUUACCCGAAGAUGGACGAUGUGUAAAAAAAGAUGCACCACCAAUGUUAACAACACUUCUUCCAGUUGAUGAUAUUUGUGCUAAAGUACAACGUCGAACAAAUAUGCCGGUGUCAGUAUCCAAUGAUGCUGGAAGAUUUCUUUGUGAAUUUAUUUAUUAUCAAUCAUUAUUUAUUGAUCGAAAACGAACAAUAUUUAUUCAUAUACCUGAAUUAGAUGAAAAUAAUACAAUUGAAAAUUUAGCUAAAACAAUACAAUUAAUUAUUUAUGAAUUACUUCAUUAUGUUGAUCCAUUACCAAUAUUAAAUCAAGAUGGAAAUUAUUUUAUAAAUUCUAAUCUACAAAAAAAUUCAUAUAUAUAUGAAAUGAAAAAUUUCAAUUAG